GUAAAGCCACACCCUCAUUUAAUCCCCAUCAGCUGUUCAUGAUAUCUGAUUAUUCAAUCAAACACACGCAGUAAACUUUCUCUUAGUUCUCAGAUGGUACAGUGUUACUAGGUCAUGAAUGAUGUUGAAGGGCUCUGGGCCGAGCUAUAAUCCGUCUCAGUCUCAAUCAGAUUUUCCAUAUUCCUUUAAUGAGGAAGGCUAUCUGCGACACAGAGAAACCUACGAACCCUACAGGUUUACAUUCAAACUAAGUGAUGUCCAGGGAACAGAGCGAGAACAUCAAACUCUGUGUCAUUACAUCACUCAACACGUCUACAGCCUCUUAGAAGAGAAGCUUCAUCUCAUCAGGUUUUAUCUCGAGGAGGGCAGUUUUGUAUUUUUGAGUCCAGGAGCUCUGGAGCAUCCCGGGAGCCUCAUGGUUCUGAUCCAGGACUGGGGAUCAAUGAGAUGCGGUGUAUGGAGUUGGAAGAUCGUGGCACAUGAAGGACUGGAGCGAGGCAGUCAGAUUCCAUACCUACGCUGGGCUGCACUGGAAUCUUGUGCAGUUAUCCUAAUGAAUCCCAACGAAGGCGGUCAAACCAUGGAACGACACGUCUGGUUAGUCUGGGAACGUCUGAUAUCCAAGAGUUGUGCUGAGCAUAUCUUUGUGGUCGCUCAUGGCUAUGGAGGACUGGCUUUUGUAGAUCUGCUGUGCCAUUGGCUAGACGAGGUUGAGAAUCGAGUGAAGGCGGUGGCUUUUCUUGACUCGUCUCAUAGCUUGUGGCAUCAGCCCUUGGGUAAAGCCGGUCGUGAUUGGUUAAAAUCUCACUCUAGAACUUGGAUCCUCAGCACAAAACCUCUGAACCGGUCUGUGGGUUCAUUGAAGGCAGGCUGCCCGCAGAUAUCGGCAGGUACAGAAUGUCACGACUGUGCACCUGCAGUCUGCAUGGAGUCGGUGUUUCGCUUUUUUACCAAGAUUAUGAAACCUAAAGCUCCACCGACUCCAUUUGAAAUCAUCACUAGAAGCAAGAGUCGUAGAAGUGACCCAAAUAAUAAUUCACCUUCUUAUUGACAAUGAACUGAAAUAAAAAUAAUAGCAUCAGAA